AGCGCGUAGAGUCAAGUCAGUCAGAGAAAAGUAGCUGUUGAGCACUAAAGAGAGUCUAAGAACUUUCUUCGCACAAUCGUCGCCGUAAAAGAGAACCCGCACACUCUCAUCCAACGAAUCUAAUUGUCCGACCAGUCUCUCUGCAAACUUCAAAUUAAAAAUCUAAUUUUUAUUCUACUUGAAUCUCGAAUAAACCUAUUUUUAUACAUAGUAGUAUUUAAAUGGUUAGCUUUCCCUGCUGGAAAUAACAUUAAAUAUUGUAGCUUUCCUCUUCUUGCUCGACUUUCUUCUCUGUCUCUCAAUUUUCUCUUUUGCUUUUAAACCAGAUUCCUAAUCCAUUCAUUCUCUCAGUCUUCUCUUUCACCGUUCUGAACUUCUGAUUACUGAGUUUUGGAACAAAAAUCUAUGAACAGUUCGUUGGAUGAAGAACAGAGAGUGAAAGUUGCUGUCUUUAAAACAGGAUUUGGUAUUUCUCCAUUGUUUCAUGGGCAAUUCAUGCCGUGGAUCUUUCAAGGACAAAAUCUACGAGGGCGAUAACGGCAAGCCCGAAGAUAACUCCAAGAACUCUACCACCAACGUUUCUUCAGAUCGCUCUAAUUCCGACCACUCUCCGACCAACAACAACAACGCUUCAGAGACCAUUGCUCAAGAAUUCUCCAAAGAAGCUCACAAGAAGGACGACAGCAGCAAAAACCCACCCCUUCUUAUUCCUUUAAAAGAACCAAUCAUGAGGCGUAACAUGGACAAUCAAGCUUACUAUGUUCUCGGUCACAAGACGCCAAACAUUCGUGAUUUCUACACGCUGAGCCGUAAGCUAGGACAAGGCCAGUUCGGGACGACUUAUCUCUGUACAGAAGUCGCCACGGGCGUUGACUACGCCUGCAAGUCGAUAUCCAAGAGGAAGCUGAUCUCUAAGGAAGAUGUGGAGGAUGUUAGAAGGGAGAUUCAGAUUAUGCAUCAUUUGGCUGGUCACGGAAACAUCGUGACGAUUAAAGGAGCUUAUGAGGAUUCUUUGUAUGUCCACAUUGUGAUGGAGCUUUGUGCUGGAGGCGAAUUGUUUGAUAGGAUUAUUCAGAGAGGGCAUUACAGUGAGAGGAAAGCAGCUGAGCUGACUAAGAUCAUCGUCGGUGUUGUUGAAGCUUGUCACUCGCUUGGUGUUAUGCAUAGAGACUUGAAGCCUGAGAAUUUCUUGUUGGUUAAUAAGGAUGAUGAUUUCUCACUCAAGGCUAUUGAUUUUGGACUAUCUGUCUUUUUCAAACCAGGUCAAAUAUUUACUGAUGUUGUUGGGAGUCCAUAUUAUGUUGCUCCUGAGGUUUUGCUCAAACGUUAUGGGCCUGAAGCUGAUGUGUGGACUGCUGGUGUUAUACUCUACAUAUUGCUGAGCGGAGUCCCACCGUUCUGGGCAGAAACACAGCAAGGGAUAUUUGAUGCUGUGUUGAAGGGAUAUAUCGACUUUGAUUCAGACCCGUGGCCUGUGAUAUCGGACAGUGCUAAAGACUUGAUCCGCAGAAUGUUAUCCUCCAAGCCUGCAGAACGCUUGACCGCCCAUGAAGUCUUGCGUCAUCCAUGGAUCUGUGAGAACGGUGUUGCACCAGAUAGAGCACUUGAUCCGGCUGUUCUGUCUCGUCUCAAGCAGUUCUCUGCAAUGAAUAAACUAAAGAAGAUGGCUUUGAAGGUUAUAGCUGAGAGCCUCUCGGAAGAAGAGAUUGCUGGUUUAAGAGAAAUGUUCCAGGCAAUGGACACUGAUAACAGCGGUGCAAUCACCUUUGAUGAACUCAAAGCUGGGCUGAGGAAAUAUGGAUCGACCUUGAAAGACACAGAGAUUCAUGAUCUAAUGGAAGCGGCUGAUGUGGACAACAGUGGGACAAUAGACUACAGUGAGUUCAUUGCAGCGACGAUUCAUCUGAACAAACUGGAGCGGGAAGAACAUCUUGUCGCUGCGUUUCAGUACUUUGACAAAGACGGAAGCGGUUACAUAACAAUCGACGAGCUGCAACAAGCGUGCGUUGAGCAUAGUAUGACCGAUGUUUUCCUUGAAGACAUCAUCAAAGAAGUUGAUCAAAACAAUGACGGGAAGAUUGAUUAUGGUGAGUUUGUGGAGAUGAUGCAAAAGGGAAAUGCUGGUGUUGGAAGAAGAACGAUGAGAAAUAGUCUAAACAUUAGCAUGAGAGAUGCGUAGAGGUUUGUUUUCCUCCGUGUUUGAUCUGUUUGUGACUGCAAAAAUGUUCCUUCUUAUUUCAUGGAUCAACAAUCUCAAUGCUCACCACAUAGAAGGAGAAGAAAGAAAGACCAAACCGGAUUCAUUUCUGUGGAUGGUCGAGCUGAUGUUUUAACGACUGUGUCAGCAGUUUUUUUGAGGUUUUGCCUUUACCUCUUUAUUGUUUGUAUGUUUGUUUUGUUAUCGCCAUUGUUGAGUUAGUGGACCUUUCUUCAUCAUCUUUCAAAUUGUUGAAAACUUUGUUCAGUCUUUAUCAUUGUAAAACGAAAAAUGUCUUUAUGUUUGUGUGAUCUCUAAGCAUUUUUACUUUAAAAAAAUAUCUUCUUCUUUCUAGACGAUCACGACCUUUCAUCCAUCUCAGACUACACA